UCUUUUCUCUGUUGACAUUUUAAAGUUAGGAAUCAAUCAAUCUCUGUUUCUGGCUAUGGAGCCUGUAGUGACUCACCAAAGCCGUGAUCAGGAGCAAGUUCGAAACACUCAGAUUGUUGGGCAACCACAAGAGGGAGAGGAGCAAGAAGAGCAUCGUCAUCAUGCCAAGAAAUCGACUAAGGUUUUGAAGAAAGUGAAGGAAAAGGCAAAGAAAAUAAAGGACACGCUUACCAAACACGGCCAUGGCCAUAACCAUGAUCACGAUGAUGGACAUGCUGAUCAUGUUCCUGAUGAUCAUGACUUGGAUGAGGAAGACGAUGAAGAUGAAGAAAUGGAAGAAGACCCAGAAGUUCACGGCGCACCAAUUUACGAAUCUAUCGCUGGGAGUGAUGUUGUAACUGGGCAACGAGAAUGGUUAAGUCAUCCUGGAAAAGGGAUAUCAAUGGCACCUAAGCAUGAUCCUAUAUAUUUUAGAGAAAGCCGUGUUACUGAUCCUACGAAGACCUUUAUUCAUGUCCAAGAGGAAGUUCCAGGGCAACCGAAAGUCAACCUUGAGAGACCGAGAGGACUGGAUGAGGAUCCUGCUGCCCCAAAGAAGAGCCCGGAUGCUUGUAAUACUCCUUCAAAUUAUCAGUCAAAAGUCACCGACCCCACCGGGAAAGGCAAAGAAGCAGAAAUGGAGCCAAUUCUUCGUUCGCUUGAUAAAAUGAAAGUGUAUGAUGAACCAGAGCAUGAGGCUAAAAUAAAACCAGAACCAGAAGAGAAGUUUCUUAGAAGAACAGACGAGGUGUUGUCCCAAUUCCCCACAGGAAGCCAUGACCAAUUCUCUCCCGAACCAAUUCCUCCAAAACCCGUUAAUGUCUCCCCUGAAAACCACCCUCAGUCUGACCCGGGGGCGUUCGCUGAUAAGAUAUCGUCUGCUACGUCUGCAAUUGCUGGUAAAGCAAUCUCUGCAAAAACCGCCAUCGCUUCGAAGCUCGGGUACAGGGAAAAAGACAGCACAGAAACAGAUAAUCAAUACACCCACAAUACGGCGUCAGCGUCGGACUACGGAAAGAAGAUCGCGACCACAGUGAGAGAAAAACUAAGCCCAGUAUAUCAAAAAGUUGCAGGAGCAGGGAGUGAUGUGAUGUCGAAACAGCAAGGCAGCGAUGAACCGGGGGCUAAAGGAGAGAACAGAGGAGUGUCAAUGAGAGAGUACGUAGCCGAGAAGUUGAAGCCUAAGGAAGAAGACAGGGCUUUAUCAGAGGUGAUUUCUGGUGCUUUGCAUAAGCGUAAAGAAGAGUCUGAUCAGAAGGUUGAUGAUGAUAAGCCGAGAGGGAAAGUAACGGAGUCAGAAGAGGUUGCAGAUAGGUUGGGGACUGGAGAUGGUGCUGAGAAGAGAGUGGUGGAUAAGUUUAAAGGCGCUCUAAGUUCAUGGUUUGGGAAGAGUGAUGAGCCUCGAGGUCAGACGCCUCAACAGUCAGUUUCUCCUUCUUCAUAUGCGGAAGACGAAGGAUUUCCAAGAUUUGGUACAGGAGAAGUGGAACAGACUGUGACUAGCGAGAGAAGAGUCGAGGAGUGAGGCAACUAGUCAUGUCA